AUGGAUCCCCUCUCAGCCAUUGCAUCCACCAUAUCCAUCAUACAGAGCAUCGCUGCAACCUACAACACAAUCAAAAAACUCCAAGGACUCCCAAAGGCGUUCAACGCCGUCCAAGAGAGCCUUCCCAUUGUCCAAGUCGCUUUGGUCAAGGCCCAUGGCUUUUUCGAACAUUCAAUCGACAACAGCGCGAAGGAGGGCGCCCAGCCGAUUUUGUCCCGCUGCCAAAAGAACGCCGCAACACUGAACGAUGUCUUUUUGAAACUGGCCGCGUACGAGACCAGGUCGGACGACAAAACGUGGGACACGCUGCUCAAAAAGUGGCACACCCUGGCGCUGCCGCUGCGAACGGGACAGAAGGUGGAGACGUUGAUGAAGGGCAUAUUGGAGGACUUGGACUUGUUGAUUCGACCCAUUGCCUUUGACGACAGGGCCUUCCAAGCCCAGUGGCACGCCGCCAUCACGCAGCUGGCCGACGUGGAGCCGUCCAUUCCGGACGCGGAGUCACUCGGCGGGACGCAACACAUUGCCAGCGGCGGCACUGGCUACCAAUACAACAACCAGGGCGGACAGCAGAACAACAAUACGGGGGCGGGGCGCAUGUAUAAUGCGGAGAGGAUGUACUUCGGUUCACCCCACACGGACGAUGAGACAAGGAAGAAAAAACUCGAGAUCCUCAAAACUCUCCACACCACGCCGUACAAGGAACGAAAGGAUCGAAAUCCCUGUCGUGUUCCAGGGACACUGGAGUGGUUUGUCCAGCACGAGAGCUUUCGGCAAUGGAACGAUGCAUCGGCAUCAACGAUGCUAUGGGUGUCGGCCGAUCCGGGUGCGGGAAAGUCUGUGCUGGCGAGACAUCUCGUGGACAACGAGCUGAUGCGACAACGACAUCCCAACGGUGACGUCGUGCCUCCAAAUGGGCCCACAACGGUCUGCUACUUUUUCUUCAAGGACGACUUUACGGACCAGAGGUCGGCCAAAGAGGCCGUCAGCUGCAUCAUUCAUCAGCUGCUGACGGAGCGAAAAGACCUGUUCACCGACACAAUUCUAGACCGUUUUGAGACGGGCGGCGGGUACGACCGACAAUCCUUUCACGACUUGUGGGACAUCUUGAUCACGACGCUGUUGCAAGCGUCCAGCGGCCAGCGGGAACGGGACCCGGCCAACAACGCCCACACCACACACCCACCUCUCCAUGUGCUGUGUGUAUUGGAUGCAUUCGACGAAUGCAACCUCACUGACCAGAGGACGCUUGCCAAGGCGCUGGGUGACUUUUACGCGGGGCCUUUGUCGCACAACAGCAACGUUGUCCUCAAGUUCUUGGUCACCAGCCGACCGUACAGAAACAUUGAGCAGGAGUUUCGAUACAACAGCAAGCCGAACUUGUCUUUUGUGCGUUUGAGUGGAGAGAGCCCCGACGAGGUGGCCAAGAUCCAGAACGAGAUUGGCAUUUACAUUCAAGCCAAAUUGGACGACAUUGCGCACGAGCACGAUCUCAGCGCGGCCGAAAAAAAGCACCUCCACGACAAGGUGCUGCAGAUCCCCCACCGCACCUAUCUCUGGGUCUACCUCACCCUGGACUUGAUUCAGCGGGAAUUCGACGAAGACAUGGACCUAGACAUGGCCUUGUGCCAUCUCCCCACCGACGUCGACGACGCCUACGAGAAGAUUCUCGCCAGGAUCAAGCCAAAAGACGUUGCCAAGGCGAGACGACUGCUGCACAUUGUCGUCGCAGCCGUUCGUCCGUUGACACUGGACGAGGUAAACUUUGCUCUCGCCCUGGAACAGCGAGACAGGUCCUACGACGAUGUCAGGAUGGUGCCCCCCGACCGGUUUCCCAAGUACAUUCGGAACCUCUGUGGGCUGUUUGUGACGGUCGUCGACGGCAGGGUGUAUCUUCUGCACCAGACCGCCAAGACGUUCCUUGUCGGGAGCGACGCAGCCGCGGCCCCCCAGCCGAUACCCUUCCACGCGCAGAACAGCGCCCCCCGGUGGCAAGCGUCCUUCGUACCGAGCGCGUCUCACCGCAUCCUGGCCACAAUCUGCGUCUGGCACCUGCAUUUUGAGACGUUUGUCGAGGACACGCCGGGUGGCGACGAGCUGCUGUCGGUGUCGGACUACGACGACUACACGGACAACUACGUCUUUUUGGAGUAUUCGGCGUGCAACUGGCCGGACCACGUGCGCCAAUCCGAUGCGCGCGGCGACGACCCAGACGUGCUGUCCUUGCUGUGUCUCUGUGGUCCGAGCCCGCAGCGCACCGUCACCUGGCUGGACAUUUACUCCACGUACGAGCAGAAUUAUGUCAUCCUGGACGCCGACCGGGUCCUGGUGGCCGCGGCCUUUUGCGGCCUGGAUGCCGUCGUGCGGGCCCUCCUGGCCUGUCCAGGCAUUGACGUCAGCGCGACGGACGAGAUGUACGGUCGCUCGGCCCUGCACUGGGCGGCGAACAACGGCUUCGACGACGUGGUGGAGCAGCUGCUUCUUUGUCCCGAUCACAGGCCCGCGGCACCCACGGCAUCCCGCGGCGUUCUGCUCGACGCACGAGAUUUGCAAAAGUCAACGCCCCUGGCGAUUGCCACCGAGAACGGCUGCGAGGCCAUUGUGCGCCAGCUUCUCCAGGCCGGCGCGGAUGCCAAUGCGGUCGACGCCAGUGGUCGGUCGGCGCUCAUGUAUGCCGCCGCGGAUGGGCAGCUGCGCAUUGCACAGAUGCUUCUCGAGGCGGGAGCCGAUGUCGACGCGGCCACCAUGUACGGCGACACGGCUUUGACACUGGCCGUCCAGAAGGGUCACGUGGCCAUGGUACAACAGCUUGCCCAGAUCACUGUGGGCAACGGCAUCCACGGAGCGGAUGCCGUCCAUGCUCUGGGGCAUGGCAAAACGCCCGUUGCAUAUCGGCUUGACGAACCGGGCACGGCUCACCACCUCGAAAGCCGACCCAUCCCCGACGAUUUGAUUCUUGACGAGGACUUGUGGAACCCAGACGCAUCCUGGGACGACAAGCCCGUACAAUUCUCCAUCAAUCUACCUUAUCGGCCUCGCUGA